AUAAAUGGCAAGGUUUUAGAGGGAAGAAGAGGAGAGUCCAGGGAGUUACCAGAUCUCUCAGUGGUUCCCGCCAACGUAAACAACUUGCUGAAGAGAGUAUGAAUCCAGGAGGGUCCGGCGCAGACGAAGCUUUUGACUAUCUCUUUAAAAUCGUGCUUAUUGGAGAUUCCAAUAUUGGCAAGACCUGUGUGGUUCACCGUUUCAAAUCUGGAGUCUUCAUUGAGAAACAGCAGAAUACUAUUGGAGUGGACUUCAUUGUUAAAACAAUGGACAUUGAAGGCAAGAAAGUGAAGGUGCAGGUGUGGGACACGGCGGGGCAGGAGCGUUUCCGGACCAUCACGCAGAGUUACUACAGGAGUGCGCACGGGGCCAUGAUUGCCUACGACAUCACCAAGCAGUCCUCCUUCAACUCAGUGCCGCACUGGGUCAACGAGAUCCAGCGAUACGGAGCGGCCAACGUCGUCCAGCUGUUGAUUGGAAACAAGGCUGAUCUGGGGGAGAGACGUGAAGUUCCUUUCGAGGAGGCCUGCAAUGUGGCUGAAAAGUUUGGUCUGUUGGCUGUACUGGAGACAUCGGCCAAAGAGGCGCAGAAUGUUGAUGAGGCCUUUCAGCUGCUGACCAGAGAGCUGUUGGCGAGGAAUGGGCUACACUUGUCCAGCGAAAGCAGUCGAGGUUCACUCCACCUGGAUUCCCGGCCGGUCGGAGUUAGCGCACCCCAUGAGAAAAGGUCCUGUUCCUGUUGAGCAUCCUCACCUGCAGUUAGCUGAGUCCGAAUCAUCCCGUAAUACAAUUGGAGCCCACGGAUCAAAUCCUGCAACAGACUAACCUUGUUCUCCUGGAAGAGUUUGCAAGGGACCUUAGACAUUGUGGAGACGUGCACUAAACUGGAGAUGUGCAAGACCGUGACAACUGGUGUUUGUUCCCUGUCUUGAAGACAGAGCUUCUAGGUAAAACAUUUGUCACCAGCGCCUGAGGUUUGCUGAAGAUCGCCCAGUAAAGGUGGAACAUGGGCGACAGCUGCCCGUAUGCCUUUCAUAGCAGGUGUCCUUUCGUUCUGCGAAAUCUAUCACUCUAAGAUUGCUACUGUGGGGAGGAUUGCACCUGUAGGGUCCCUGACGUUUUCUUGGGUGGGUCUAAGCUCAUCGUGCGCCUCCUGCCUUUGAGUCAGGAGGUUGUGGAUUCAAGGACCACCCCUGGGGACCUCUGCUUGUAAUUCAGGCCAGCACUCCCAGCGCUCCACAGCUGAAGGCGUAUCCUUUGGAUAGAAACCUAAAUUAUGUUCUCAGCUGAAUAUUUGUUGGAAUAGAGCAGGGAUUGUGUGUUGCCCAAUGCUUAUUCCUCAAACAGAAACUGAGGGAGUCUCCUGCAGUCACGAUCGUACUACCCAUUGGUGAAGCAUUCCUUCAGCACUGCACACAUUAUAUUCAAAUCUCCGGAGUAGGACUUGAAUUCACGACCUUACGUUGAGGUGAGAUGUUACCAUUCGUCCAUGGAGGCAGUCCCUUGGACUUGAUUCCCCUCCAGUUUAGCACGUUCUGAGGUGACACAUAGUAUUCACAGACUUGUGCAAGGACAUGAUGGUUUGGAUCUUUUUGCUCUUUUCACCUGGCCUCCUGCUCCCUACAAAAAGAGACCUGUAGCCUUACUGGAUGCCACUCCACUUGCUAGAGCGGUCCUAAGAUAGGGAUUCCUGUGAGAUGCCUUUUUCCCCUCAAGGAACUCUGAAGAUCUCUGUGAAGAGUUUUCCAGAGAAUACCAGUUGCUGGCUGUUACGGAGUUUGGAGUAGAUUGUUUGUUCCAGGGAUUGUGGUCAAGCAGGUGGCAAGUUGCCGGCCUAUCAGUGCUGCUUGGACAUGCUCAGAGCAUCAAUUAGCCCAGGAGAGGACGUUGGCACUGGAUGCUGAUCACGCUAGCGGACUGGAGAAAUUUGUUGGUGGGACUUUCCCAUUGAUUUAGGCAGCUGACUGAAAGUUAUUGACGUCCUUGACCCCGUACUCCUUCCGCAGAUACUGCCUGAUCUGCUGAAUGUUCUCUGUUUUUUGCUUCUGCAGAUGGUUGAUGUCAUUAUCGAUGAGUGCCCUCAGUGAGAGGCUGCUCCUGAGGGGUUUGUUGAAUAAAUGAGAAGAGUUGCCGAGUGAUGCUACUCUCCUUCUCUCAGCUCCGGCUCAAUUCCUUUCCGUACGUCCACAUCCUGCAACUUAUAGAUCAGUCCCAACAAGGCUGCUUAGAUACAUUCUCCUUUUUAAAUCCUCUUUAUAGCUCAGGGACUAGAAGGGUCCACUGUAUCUCCAAGCCAUCUGCAGCUUCUCUGCCUUUGAUGUUUUUUCUUCUAGAAACUAAUCCCAGUGUUUUGUUUGGAUUUCUGAUAGCUUUAUUAACUGCAAGGCGACUUUUCAUUAUUUGCAUUUGUACUCCUUGAUUUCCUCCAAUUCUUCUACUAAUUAACUUAAACUGAUAGACUUUGGACUUGGCAGAAGUCAAUAUCCAAUGAUCCAGUCCAGACCGCAAAUAGUCUUUAUGCUAUUUAAUCCUUCCUCCAUUUCUUUUAAUCCAAAUAAAACAAUGGUAAUGUGGUAACUAGAACUUUAAACUGUAGCUAUGACCUGAAUACCUGUUUAUGCAAUUCUAAUGCUCUUUACUUAGAGAAAUUAUGAGCAAAAAGGCAUUUGGAAUGUGUAUCUACCUAUCCUGUGACCUUCACAGGUUUAUGGUCAUUCAAUCCAAGUUCUCUAUAGUUCAAUAUGACAUAACAUCCAAAAUAAGAUAGAAAGCAAUGUUUCAUGGUAAUGGAACGUGAUACAAUAGGGGUUACAGAUAAAGUCCAUGAUUAAUGGCUAUCCUGUUCUUUAUGUAAUGUAAGAUAACACAUUAAAAUGGACACAGGAGAAAGAGGGAGGGAGAAUAGAUGUAUUGAUCAGAGAUAAUAAAAUUAGAAAUGAAAUGAAGUUAAUUAAAAAGAAAGAAUUGCCUUUCAAAUUAUUGAGAUAAGAAAGGAUUGUGGCUGGGGAGAAUAUUCUACAGAUCAGAAAACAGAAGAGAGGGGUGAAACAAAAUACUUGUCAAUGAUUAUCUGAAACAUGAUUUUUUGCAAGGUUUAGAACCUGUACCCAGCUGGAAGCCCAAGAAGCGUUUCUUUGUCAUACACACCGGGAAAGCAUGAGAUAUUUUUUCAUUCCCUUGUUUUUCACAUGUUUCAGAAUGGUCAAUCAUGAAGAGAGAGGUUCUAGAUUGCUGGAAGGCUUCAAUUAAUUUGUUAGGUGAACGUCAAAUUAGCAAAUGGAUUCUGGUGAGGAGUGGUCCAAGACAAUGAAGAGGGAAUUUCCAAGCUGCUGGAAAAUAUCAAUGAAUUUGUUCAGUGAAUAUGAAAGUGGAAAAUGGAUUCUGGUGAGGAGUGGUCCAAAACAAUGCACCUAAGGAGGGCAAAGAAGGAAAUGAAAUAAUUAAUAAAUAAUCAGAUCUGAAGUAUAGAGGAAAAAUAGUUCCUAGAUUGUGACAUUUCCUUGCAAGACUUCCCCUCACCUUCUCUUCAUCACGCGGCUAUGAAAACUUCACUUUCAAAGUAGCUUUUUCUUCGGCCUAAAAAUCAAAGUCAAAUUUAUGCAUGAGAUAAUAGUUACCUGUGUGCACAGGUGCAAUGAAAAACUGACUUGCUGCAGCAUCACAGAUACUUGGCAUCAUAUAAGCAGCAUUCACAAGAAAAAACACAAUUGUUGCAAGGAAGAGCACAAUUAUUAAAAAAUACCAAGUCUGUUUUAGUGCACAGAGAUCAAAGUGGUCACAGUGUUGACAAAUCCUAGCGAUUAAGGUUGUGCCUUGUGCCAUUUGGUUGAAGAACAAAUGGUUGAAUCAGAUUCAUAUCUAUUUACCACAUCAAAACAUACAAUGAAUGUGCUGUUUGCAUCAACAACCAACAUACCCAAGGAUGUGCUGGAGGUAGCCGCAAAUAUUGCCACACAUUCCGGCACCAGUAUAGCGUCCACAGAAUGCUUGGCAGAGCAACAGAGGACACACCAAGCAACAAAACAAGCCCCAUUCCUCCCUUCCCAACACCCCCCUCCCUGCAUCCCACCCACGCACAUACAUUACCCUCUACUCCCAAGACAGGCUGUCUUCUUUGGCCUCCAGUGGACUUGUGGGUUUGCAGACACUGGGCCUCAACUUGCCCAGUAGACUCGCAGGUUGGUUGAAGUGAAGUACUGAAGCUGUUGUACCCGGAUGCUUCCACAGAUUAUGCUGUGUCCCUCUCCAAAAUACUGCUUCCCCUACUAUCACAAUUUUUAUUUCGUCCCUUUCACUCCCACCUACUUCCUGCCUCCAAUUAACCUCCUGGCUAUUGUCCUUGCUUCCCUUUCCUCAUGUCUGAAUUAAUCCUAAUGGAUAUGUAUCAAUUCUCCCUCUGUCUCCACCAUCUCCCUGUCUUCAUGGAAGGUAUUGUCUGAACCAUGGAGAGCAACGGAAAGAAAUGAGCAUGAGUCAAGAGAAAGCCCUGGAAUAAUACUCGGCCCAUCAAGUCUGCUCUGCCAUUUUAUCAUGGCUGAUUUAUUAUCCUUCUCAACCCCAUUCUCCUGCCUUCUCCAUGUAACCUUAGAAACCGUUAUUAAUCAAGAACCUAUCAACCUCAGCUUUAGAUACACCCAAUGAGUUGCCCUCCGCUGCCAUCUGUGGCAAUGAAUUCCAAGAUUCACCACCAUCUAGUUGAAGAAAUUCCUCCUCAUCUCUGUUCUAAGGGGACGUCCUUCUAUUCUGAGGCUAUACCCUUUGGUCCUAGACUCCUCCACUAUAAGAAACAUUCUCUCCACGUCCACUCUAUCUAGGCCUUUCAAUAUUCGAUAGUUUCCAAUGAGAUUUCCCUCUUUCUUCUAAACUCCGGGGAGUAUAGUUCUAAAGCCAUCAAACGCUCUGUGUACAUUAAACCUUUCAUUCCUGGGAUUAUUCUCAUGAACUUCCUCUGAACUCUCACCAAUGCCAGGGCAUCCUUUGUUAGGUAAGGGGCCCAAAAAUGCUCACAAUACUUAAAAGGAAAUUUAAUAGGAAUGUGAGGGGAAACCUUUUCAACCCAGAGGGUGGUCAGUCUGUGGAAUGAGCUGCCAGAGGAAGUGGCCGAGGAAGGUACAUUAUCAAUAUUCAAAAAAUACAUGGACCGUACAUGGACAGGAAAGGUUUAGAGCAGAGUUUCCCAACUUGAGGUCCAUGGCAUAAAAAAGGUUGUGAAUCCCUGGUUUAGAGGGAAGAGGGCCAAAUGUAGGAAUAUGGGAUAUUGGCUUUGAUGGGAAUCUUGGCAGGGAGUAUGAGUCUGUGACCCUCUUGGCCCAUCUUGUCCAUGGUGCUGGUGAUGCAUAUUUGAUUCCAUUUGUGUCCCUCCAUGCCUCUGACUGCAUAUCCUUUUUUAUUUGUACCAUUUGUCUUCUUUUGCAAAUUGAUCAUUUGUCAGUCUUUGUCUGUUUCUGUACAGUUUUUCAUCAAUACUAUUGUAUUUCUUUUUUUCUGUAUUUGCCUGUAAAAAUGAAUCUCAAAGUAGUUGAUAUGUACUAAACAUAUGUACUUUAAUAAUAAAUUUACU